CGCCAGGGGGUUAGUCAGUGCCAUUUCUGUAACGAAGGGGAAAAGUCAACUGGCAGCAGCAGCAGCAGCAGAGGAACGAUGAGUAAUAAGGAAAGGCGAAAGAUGGAUCGGCUAGUCGUGGCAUCCAUCAGCAGCAGUCUGAUGCUGCUGGUCGUGGCCGGACUCGUUCAUCCGUCAUCGGGCGGCAUCACCACUACCAGCAGGUCGACGUCGUGCGGUUACCAGAGUUGCCACGCUACGAAACCUGGCUUCAUCAACGUCCACCUAGUGCCACACACUCACGAUGACGUCGGCUGGCUCAAGACGGUCGACCAAUAUUACUACGGAUGUACGCUCGCACCGGGAUCCAAAAAGCUGGCGUCCAGUACAUCCUGGACAGUGUCGUCGAAGAAUUACAGGCCAAUCCCGAACGCAGAUUCAUCUACGUGGAAAUGGCUUUCUUCUGGCAGUGGUGGGAGGAGCAGGAUGAAUCGACGCGGGACGUUGUGCGUGAUUUGGUGAGCCAAGGGCGUCUCGAGUUCAUCAACGGCGGCUGGUGCAUGAACGACGAAGCUACAACUCAUUACGUCGACAUUAUCGAUCAAAUGUCUCUAGGCCUCAGCCUUUUGAACGACACGUUCGGAGAGUGCGGCCGGCCUCGAAUCGCUUGGCAGAUUGAUCCUUUUGGCCAUUCCAGGGAGCAGGCUUUUAUCUUCUCUCAGAUGGGUUACGACGGCCUCUUCUUCGGUCGCUUGGAUCACGAAGAUAAGAAGCAGCGCAUGGCUGCCAAAACUAUGGAGAUGGUCUGGUCCAGCAGCAGUCUCGGCCAAACCGGUUGGCUCUUCACGGGCGUCAAUUACAAUUUAUAUCAACCGCCUCCGGGAUUCUGUUUUGACAUUUUGUGCAGCGACUUGCCCGUGAUUGACAACCCCAAAUCCAAAGAGUACAACGUCGAUCAGCGGGUAACUGAAUUUCUCAAUUACUGUCAACGACAAUCGGAGGCCUACGCCACCGAUCACAUUUUGUUGACGAUGGGAGGCGAUUUCACGUACCAGGAUGCCAACGUCUGGUACAAGAACAUGGACAAGCUCAUCAAGUACGCCAACGAGCGGCAAACGAACGGCUCUCGUUUUAACCUGCUGUAUUCCACGCCGAGCUGCUACGUCAAGUCUCUGAACGGCGUCAAGAAAUCGUGGCCACUGAAAACGGACGAUUUCUUUCCUUACGGCAGCGACGCCCAUUCUUACUGGACGGGCUACUUCACUUCACGCCCAGCCUUUAAAUACAUGGUCCGCCAGGGCAGCAACCUCCUCCAGGCCUGCAAACAAAUGGAUUCGGCAUUGUCGUGGAGCGGGUCGACCAAUCAAGGCGACGUCAACGUCAUGAAACGGGCCAUGGGCAUCGCCCAACAUCACGACGCUGUCAGCGGAACUGAGAAGCAAGCCGUGGUCCAAGAUUACCAGGGCCGGCUGCACGAGGGCGUGGUCGAAUGUCAGAAAACGCAGGCCUCGUAUUAUCAGAGUCAGCUGCCCAUUUUGGGCCGGCCACUGCCGGACGUCAAGUUCUGCCAGCUCAACGUCAGCCAGUGUGACGUCUCGGAGACCAGCGGCCGAUUUGUGGUCAACAUUUACAACUCUUUGGCCAGGCACGUCGACAAAUAUGUCCGCAUUCCAGUAGCUGGUGGAGACUCUUACCAAGUCCUCGACCCUGACGGUAAAGUGGUGGAUUCGCAGUUGAUUCCAAUUUCACCUCAAGUUCAGGCUCUUCCUGGACGGACAAGCUCAGCCACAGAAGAGCUGGUAUUUUUAGCCGCCCAGUUGCCACCUAUUGGUUCAAAAUCCUACUAUGUCGAACGGGACUCCAAGCACCGCCGGCGCCAUUCGUUCAAAUCCAAAUCACAGCGAUUGGUUCCCGGCGAGGACCACAUCAUCACCACUGACAAAGUGAAGGUGAGAGUUGAUGGGACAACGGGACUGCUGAGUUCGGUGACGGUCAACGGCGAAGAAUAUUUCGUCCAGCAAGAGUUCCUUUGGUAUCCGGGAUACAACGGCGAUAACGAAUCGGCCGACCGGAGAUCAUCGGGCGCCUACAUCUUCCGGCCGAACGGAACUGACGCUUUUCCAAUGAGGCGGACAAUGACCGCCGCCAUUAUCACCGCAGUCUACACCGGUCCACUGGUCCAGGAAAUUCACCAGUUUUACGAUUCCUGGGUGAGUCAAGUCAUCCGCAUUUACCGAGGCCAGGAGCAUGUGGAAUUGGAUUGGGUCGUCGGUCCUGUUCCGGUGAGCGACAAAAUUGGAAAGGAAGUCAUAAGUCGCGUGACGACGACCAUUUUACAGAGCGACGGGACUUUCUACACGGAUUCCAACGGUCGCCAGACAUUGAGACGCGAACUGGACGCUAGAGAGUCUUACACCUAUACGCCAACCGAGCCCGUCUCGGGCAAUUACUACCCCAUCAAUUCUCACCUUUUCAUCCGAGACCCAGUGGGGGAGCAGCAGGCCACCGUCCUGGUCGACCGCUCCCAGGGAGGGUCUAGUCUGAUUGGCGGAUUGAUCGAACUGAUGGUGCACAGACGACUGCUCCGCGACGACUCGUUUGGCGUGGACGAGCCCCUUGACGAGACGGCCUUUCAGCAGGGCCUUGUCGUCCGCGGAUCGCACUAUCUGAUCCUCAGCGACGGACCCAGUUCGGCCGGCAGAUAUCGACCUUUGGCGCAACAGAUUUACAAGCAACCGCAACUCUCCUUUAUCCCCACAACGCUGACCUUUGUUGACUGGAGGAGACUCUACAAAACUCAACAACAAUUAAUCAGCCGGGAAUUGCCGGAAAAUGUCAAUCUGCUGACGCUGGAGAAUCGGUCAGACGGAUCUUAUCUGAUUCGAUUGGAACAUAUCUACGACGUUGGAGAGGAUAAAGUCUUAUCUGAACCAGUCACUGUUUCCCUUAAAGACCUUUUCCCUGGAUUCGCCAUCACGUCCGCUGAAGAAACGAUCCUAGGAGGGAAUCAAUUGAAAAAAGAUUCUCAACGUUUGGUGUGGCACUCGUCGUCGGAUAAACAAACGAAUGUCCGCUCUUCCCACUCUGAUGAAUUCCCGGACUUGGACCUCCAACCCAUGGAGAUACGCACUUUUAUUUUGAAUCUCGUUCGUGACAAUCGACUGGAUAAAUAGGCUAGUUUUCUUUUUCUCCUGAGGAAUUGCAUAUUUUAACUUUUUGUUUUUACUUUGAUCAAUACAUCGAAAAUCGGUACCACAA